AACCUAGCCAUCUCCCAGUUCUUUAACUUUCUGAUCAUCUUCUUGUUCACAUCUCCCAAUGGAAUCUCCGGUGGCCAGAUUCCUCCUUCCGCCGCCACAAACGGAUGAUUUCAUCGCCUCUGUUUCGAACACGAACACUACAACUUUGGAUUUUCUUGUUCCGAGACCGAGUGUUAGUGUAUGCCAUGCGUGGUGUGCAAGGAUUGUGAAGUUUGUUGGAAGAUACGCCGCCGUGGAAAGAAGCGGUGGUGAUGAUGAAGAAGGGAGAGAGAGAAGUUUUAGAAGCUCGAGUGUUCUUGCUCGUCGGAUUGUGAAUGAUUUGACGAUUAUUUGGCCACCGAAUUUGAGACCUUUUACGUCGGAGGUUGGUUUGAAAGAGAUGUCGGAAGAUUGAUGCUUCUCUUUCUUCUUCUUCUUUUUGGUUUUCUUCUCUUUCUCUGCCAUGGCGGUUCUCUGUUUCUUUCUUCUUCUUCUUCUCUCUUUGUGGUGAGAAGUUUGGUAACUUUGGUUGGUGCUUUUGAUUGAGUUUGAGACUUGAGCCACUAUCUCUUUCUU